AUGGUCGUCACGACUAGAAGAGCGGAACAAGCCAGGGCUGUCACCCCUGAUGGUCACGUACAAACUGUACAUUCCAACUCCCCGCCAUCCAUGCGUUCAGCCCCAGUUGCGCGACACGCUGCAGAGGCUGUCCCACCAGUACUACUAUCUGCCGAGCCACAGUUGCCAGCAGCUGGCGCCGGAAUAGCUCAGCCAGGUCACCAUGCACCUAUACAUGAAAUGCAAGGAGAAAAUGUGGUCCCUGAUCAGCCCCCGCCGCCGGGAGUUCACUUUGGAAUGCCAUUCCACGCUGCUGCCCCUCCAGUUCACCCAACCGCCUAUCGACCACAACCAGCCCGCAGUCAACCGGACGAAUUAGCAAUCAAGUUCCAGUCCCACUUCGCAACCAGCCGCUCCGUGCCAAAGUCCGUUCACUCACUCGAGAAAAUCCGCCAACAAUCUGGGGAGUCUCUUCGAUCCUUUCUAGACCGUUUUGACAAAGAAGCCCUACAGGUGCAAGGCUUAGACCCAAAAGUGCAGGUUCAUAUACUCCUUUCAGGCUUACGAGCGGGGCCGUUUGCCUACGAGCUAGCGCGCCACGAAAUUACUGAAUUAGAAGAAGUUAGGAAAGUGGCCCAGGAGUAUAUGAGAGUUGAAGAAUACAAGGGAAGUCGAGCUGAUGAUGCCUACAGCCAAGAGAAGGCAACCAGCAAAAAUAAGAGCCCAGCAGAAGAUAGUAAGAAGGGACACAAGUCAGCUAGAUAUACCAACCGCCCUUCGAGGCGUGACACAACAGGGCCCCAAACUCACAGCGUCCUACAGACGGAUUAUAAAGAUGAUUCCAGGGGAAAUCAACGCCCUCAGCAACCAGCUAGAGAAGUUGCGGUCUACUGCAAGUUCCACCGCAGUAACGACCACAGUACUGAGGAGUGCAUGCACCUCAAAGAUGAGAUUGAUGAGCUCAUUAAGAGCGGUGCUCAAAGAAGAGAUGGCGAUGGUGCACGCCCAUCAGGAAUCGGAAGGCGGUACAGGGAGCGCAGUAAAUCGCCAGAGAGACGACGAACGAGGCAGGUGAACUUUCGACCACGACAUGAGCGUGACAGAAAAGAAGACUCUCCAAGGAGCCGGAGAGCGCAAGCAAGCCCCAACGACAGUGGAAGGCGAGACGAUGAGGGAGAAGACCCUGCAAACGUCAAACACGGAGUUAUAAAUAUGAUUUCCGGAGGACUGAGCGGUGGCGGUGAGACGUCGAACGCCAGAAAAAAGCACUUGAAGCAAUGUGUGGCGGUUGCUGGAAAAGUCAUUAGUAAAAUAGACUCAAGUCCGACCAGGCCCAAAAUUGUUUGGGAUAACAACGAUGUAGGCGAUGUCCUCCCAGGACAUGAUGACCCUCUUGUCAUUCAAGCCAUAAUUGCUAACUAUGGAGUUAACCGUGUAUUUGUUGAUCACGGCAGUUCCGCUGAUAUUUUGUUUUUGCCAUGUUUCAGGGCGCUGGGGUUUACAGUUGAUGACUUAACCCCAGUCGCAGGAGAACUUUCAGGAUUCAACGCAACCACAACCAAGCCGUUGGGCGUGAUCAGUCUACGUCUCUCCCUCGGAACGCCACCUACAUCGAAGUCAGCAGAUAUCCAGUUCUUAGUGUUGGACACUCCUUCUGCGUAUAAUGCCAUUCUCGGCAGAAGAAUGUUCGCCGCCUUUGAGGCGAGCAUCUCCCAUCCACACUUGGUGAUGAAGUUCGUCGCCAGAGACAAUAAGGUCGCAACGGUGAAAGGCGACCAGAUAGUAGCCAGAAGACCUGCCAAGAAAGGGGGAGCUCACGAUCAGUGUUUCUUGGUAGAAUUUUAUGCAAGAGAUGAUCCACGAGUAGAGCAUGCUAGGCCCACGCCAGACGGUGCAUUAGAGCACGUCGUGCUGGGCGACAAUAAUCAUCAGACAACAACCAUCGGGGCGACCUUGGAUCCCGAAACAAAAGACAGGUUGAUCAAGCUGCUGAGAGACAACAGAGACCUAUUUGCAUGGAAACCAUCUGACAUGCCAGGCAUCGAUCCCGAAGUAUGUUUCCAUCGUUUGUCUAUUGACCCCAAAGCGAAGCCCAUUUCCCAGAAAAAGAGAAAGUUUGGCGUCGAGAGCCAAAAGAUCAUUAAUGAAGAAGUGAAAAGACUCCACGACGCAGGGUUCAUCCGAGAAAUCAAGUACACCACGUGGCUAUCCAACCUCGUCCUGGUUAAGAAGCCAAACGGGGCGUGGAGAAUGUGCGUUGAUUAUACUGACCUAAACAAGGUAUGCCCUAAAGACGCCUACCCUUUUCCCAGCAUAGAUCAGCUGGUUGACAACGCGUCCGGUUUCAAAAUACUGUCGUUCAUGGAUGCAUACUCUGGUUACAACCAAAUACCUUUGCUGGAAAAGGAUCAGUGUAAGACAGCGUUCAUCACCCAGAACGCCAACUACUGCUACACCAUGAUGCCCUUCGGUUUAAAGAAUGCAGGCGCCACUUAUCAACGAAUGAUGAAUGAAGUAUUCAGAGACUUGAUCAGCAAUUGCAUCGAAGUUUAUAUCGAUGACAUGAUCGCCAAAUCUAGAACGCCAUGCCAGCACUUGACAGACCUCCAAGGCGUGUUCGACAGAUUGAGGAAAUUCAAUAUGCGCCUCAACCCCAGCAAGUGCGCCUUCGGCGUUCUUGCAGGUAAAUUCCUUGGAUUCAUGCUCACAGAGAGAGGUAUCGAGGUCAACCCUGACAAGUGCAAGUCUCCUCAAAAAGGGAACGCUUUUCGAUGGUCGGAAGAAUGCGAAAAAGCCUUCCAGGAGUUCAAGAGGGCCCUCUCAUGCCCGCCAGUAUUAACCAAGCCAGACAGUGGGGAAACGGUUUAUCUGUACCUUGCGGUAGGAACCGAAGCUGUCGGCGCAGCCCUAGUCCAAGAAUCCAAAGAAGGAGGACAAAAACCUAUCUAUUUUAUUAGUAAGGUUCUCCAAGGCGCGGAGCUCCGGUAUCAGCAGGUAGAAAAUGUCGCCUUGACGCUCAUCUUUGCAGCACGGCGGUUGAGACCCUAUUUCCAAUGCCAUCCAAUCACGGUCAGGACCAACCAACCAAUUCGUAAAGUCCUGCAUAAGCCUGACAUAGCUGGAAGGAUGAUGUCCUGGGCGAUUGAGCUAUCAGAGUACCAAAUCACAUACGAGCCAAGAACCGCCAUCAAGGCUCAAGCCCUUACAGACUUCAUCACCGAAAUGACGCAAGCCGUCCCGCCCAGGGACCAAUCCGAAGUAACGCCAUCAUCAGAGAUGUGGAAGCUAUAUGUUGACGGCUCUUCAAACGCCAAAGGCUCAGGGGCAGGAAUGAUAGUCGAAAAUCCAGAUGGUGUAUCUAUCGAACAUUCAUUGUCUUUUGAGUUCAAUGCUACAAACAAUCAAGCGGAAUAUGAGGCCAUGAUAGCUGGCCUAAUCCAAGCAAGAGAGAUGGGAGCCCGACGCCUCAAAGUCUUCAGUGACUCCCAGCUGGUGACGUUUCAAAUAUCCGGGGAAUACCAGACUAAAGGACCUCUGAUGUGCAAAUAUCUAGAAAAAGUCAAAGAACUGAUUCAGAGUUUUGAAAGUGUCGAGGUAGAGCACAUUAGGCGUGCUGAAAAUACACGGGCAGAUAUUCUCGCCAAACUGGCCAGCACCAAAAGCCCAGGCAACAACCGGUCCGUCAUCCAGCACAAUAUGCCAAACCCGUGCAUAGUCAUGAGCAUUUCACCGCCGGCCCCCGAAGCAGCAGAAAGAACCUGGAUCGCGCCCAUUAUCAACUACUUAGCUGAAGGGAUUGUUCCUCCUGACCAAAAAGAAGCCAGGAAAAUUCUCCGAAAAGUGCUCAUUUCUGCAUAG